UUUUGAUCCGACACUCACCCUUGAGCUCUAUCUGCACAACUACAGCCGAGCUGCCAGCUUUAUCCCCGGCAUUUAUUUGUCCCGAUCAGUAAUUCAAUCGUCAUUGCUAGACAAAGACGCUUUUGCACUCGACACAUUGCAUUUUCCUCAUGCAUCAACAUCCCAUUUCAUAGACUCUGCAUUUGCCGGGGUUCACGAUCGUCGUCUCUGUCACCAGCCCCCUAACCAACCCGAAGCCAUGGAGAAGGGACGCGAUGGUGUCAAUGGCAUCCCCUUGAUGGGCGCACAUGACGAAAUCGAAAGAUCACAGUCUAGGACACCCGGCGGUCAUACACGCACCACGUCGUAUCAAUCCAGAGAACUGGCCGAGGAUUUCUCCUACCUGACGGCGAGCGAAACUGCUACCAGAUUACAAACCUCGUUAACUCACGGUCUCACGGCUACCGAAGCUUUGCGACGACAGCAAGUUCAUGGACUUAACGAGAUCCCCCACGAACCUCCAGAACCCCUUUGGUUGCGAUUCAUUGGUCAGUUUAAGGAGCCGUUGAUCCUGCUGCUCCUUGCAUCGGCGGCUGCCUCAAUAUUUCUUGGGAACACGGAUGAUGCCGUGAGCAUAACGGUUGCGGUGACAAUCGUAGUCACGGUUGGAUUCGUACAGGAAUACCGAUCCGAAAAAUCCAUCGAGGCUUUGAGCCACCUGGUCCCAGACCAUGCCCACCUCAUUCGCAACUCCGCAACCAAGCCCGCACAGUCUCGAUCGACGACUUGGCCUGCUAAUAGUGGCCAAGCUGACGAUGACGCCCCGGAGCCGACUGCUUCAGGUGCCACCACCCCGGGGGAGGCGGCAUUGGAAGCAACAUCCGUAAAAGUCAUGGCCGAACAACUUGUCCCAGGCGACCUCGUUAUUUUUACAACUGGGGACCGCAUUCCUGCAGACAUUCGUGUGACGAAAGCGACUGACUUGACUAUUGACGCCUCGAACCUUACCGGCGAGAACGAGCCAGAACGUCUCACGGCUGCGCCGCGACGCCGGGUUGCUCGGCCAUUGUCCCCUUAUGCAGGGUCUAGUCUACAGCUGCCUAGCCCUACGUUCGCAACGCAAUCCGCCCCUGAUUUUAAGGGCCAGGCCGGAGACGACCUCAGCCACGAGCCCAAGAACGUGGCGUAUAUGGGUACAUUGGUUCGGUCUGGACAUGGACAGGGAAUAGUCUUUGCCACCGGGGGGAACACCCACUUUGGCACUAUUUCGCUGAGUGUAUCCGGUACCGAAAGCCCUCGUUCGCCGCUGCAGCUUUCAAUGGAUGAACUGGGCGGGCAGCUCAGCAAGUUUUCUUUUGUCGUCAUCGGCUUCAUCUCUCUGAUUGGAUUUCUGCAGGGCAAGAAGCUGCUCGAGAUCUUCACCAUAUCCAUAUCUCUCGCUGUGGCCGCUAUCCCCGAAGGCCUUCCCAUCAUUGUAACGGUGACCCUGGCGCUUGGCGUGCAUCGCAUGGCCAAACGCAAUGCCAUCGUCAGGAAGAUGCCCAAAGUGGAGACCCUUGGAUCGGUGAACGUUGUGUGCACAGACAAGACAGGCACUCUUACUAUGAAUCACAUGACCACCACCAAGAUGUGGUACUUUGGACAGCAGAGCUCUGUCAACGUGGACUCUGAUGAUGAGUUCACUGAGAUUAAGCCAGAUGCUGCAACUUUGAGAAUUCUGCGCAUUGGGAACAUUGCGAACAAUGCACGCCUCGCGCACCAAUACACCGAGAACGGCGCAGCUGCUAGGGCCGUCCUGUCGUCAACGCUCGGUAAGAAUGAGCACAGCUCGACAUAUACUCGCUGGGUUGGACAGCCCACCGAUGUGGCCAUGCUUGACCUACUCGACAGAUUCAAGGAGCAUGACGCCAGGGGGUCCGUUGGGCCGCGUACCACUGAGACUCCUUUCAGUUCUGAAAGGAAAUGGAUGGGUGUCACCAUUGGUGGCGAGGGUGGUAGCAGAAAUGAUAAGGAGUUCGCUUACAUCAAGGGUGCCAUCGACCGAGUUUUGGCGAGCUGCGACACGUACAUCACUGGAGAAGGCAGAGAGUUCGUCCUUGACUCUAAUCGACGCCAGGAGGCCAUCCAAGCCGCAGAGCAAAUGGCAACUAAGGGCCUGCGUGUGCUCGCGUUCGCAAGUGGUACAGUUAGCAAGCCUACUAGAGGAAAGGGAUCCAUUGCAUCGGCGACUAGGAGUAGUACUCCUGCAGGGAACGGCUCGGAAGACGGUCAUCCCGCUACUAAUGAGGAGCCUUACACCGGCUUGACUUUUGCGGGGCUGGUCGGUAUGAGCGACCCGCCCAGGCCCGGGGUAGCGCGCUCUAUCAGAAAGUUGAUGCGCGGCGGUGUCAAAGUCAUUAUGAUCACUGGCGAUGCUGAAACGACUGCAGUAGCCAUUGGAAGACAGCUGGGAAUGCACAUCGCAGCUCCCAUUGAGCAUGGUGAUAAUCAGGUCAGCGUCCGCCCAGUUCUUCGUGGCGAGGAGGUGGAUGCCAUGACAGAGGAGGAGCUGGCUCAAGCGAUGCAGACAACGACAGUGUUCGCGCGGACCAAUCCCGAUCACAAGAUGAAGAUUAUCCGUGCCCUCCAGAUGCGUGGCGAUAUCGUUGCUAUGACCGGAGAUGGUGUGAACGACGCGCCAGCUUUGAAGAAGGCAGACAUUGGAAUCGCGAUGGGAAGGCAGGGCACCGACGUGGCCAAGGAGGCGGCCGACAUGAUUUUGACUGAUGACGACUUCUCGACGAUUCUACAUGCCAUCGAGGAGGGCAAAGGCAUUUUCAAUAACAUCCAGAACUUUUUGACCUUCCAGCUGAGCACAAGCGCGGCUGGGUUAUCCCUUGUCUUACUCUGCACGGCGCUUGGAUUCAAGUCGCCGCUCAAUGCCAUGCAGAUCUUGUGGAUUAACAUUAUUAUGGAUGGACCUCCGGCUCAAUCCCUGGGUGUAGAGGCUGUCGACAAGGACGUUAUGAACCGACCACCUCGCAAGCGCAACGACCCUGUACUUACCCGAGCCGUUAUUCAGCGCGUUGCGCAGUCGGCCACGAUCGUGAUGGUUGGCACCAUGCUGGUUUACACGCACGAGAUGCUGGAGGACAGGCAGGUGACACGACGAGACACGACCAUGACUUUUACAUGUUUUGUGCUGUUUGAUAUGUUCAACGCACUGGCAUGCAGGUCAGAAUCCAAAUCGAUACUGCGUGGAGAGAUAGGCUUGUUCCACAACACCCUCUUCAACUGGGCCGUUUCAUUGAGCAUUGCGGGACAGCUACUUGUGAUAUACUUUCCCUGGCUCCAAGAGGUAUUUCAGACAGAGGCGUUGGGUUUCAUGGAUUUGGUGCGGCUUGUAAUGAUAUGCAGCACCGUUUUCUGGGCCGACGAGCUGCGGAAGUGGCUCAAAUACGGGCGUAGAAGAGUCGGCAGCAACUACAGCCAAGCGGUAAACUUUUUGCCAAUUGACAUAAACAUCCCCUCCGCAAGACGUACGGCCUACGAGUCUCGCAUUGCCGGACGAUAUGAGCCGACAUUGCACAAGACGGCGCAAAUGUCAGCCCUUUCCAAUGGCCACGCCACAGCAUCCAGCUCCUCGGGCAAGCUCCCGCCGGCAACGGUUGGUGAUGGUGCAGCAGCAGCAGCAGCAGCAGCAGCAGAUGCUGGCCUAGGCCCCAAGAAAGAAUCGAGUACCACCAAAGCCAACGUCGACGCCAUGGUGGCAGAAAUGCUCCGACCCAUUCAAGAAGCAAGCAGCGUCGCCGACAUACGCACGGCGCUCGAAUCCCUCCAUGCCCGCGAGCAGGCCCUAACCAGCCGCCUCGACGGCCUCGUUUCCUCUCACUCGGACCUCAGCCGCGACCUACUCCGGCUCGACAACCUGCGCGCGACCCUGGGGGCCCAGGUGAUUGCCUCACGCACAAUAUCCAACACGAUGCUCUCCGGGGCUGCCGACACGGCUGAGCGCCUGUCGAGCCGCGUGCGCACGCUCGACCUCGAGAAGGACCGGGUCCAGGCCACGCUCAGCGUCGUGGAGCAGGUCGCCGAGCUCAAGGCCUGCGUGGCUGGCGUCGUCGGCAGCAUGGGCGCUCCGCAAGACUGGGAGGCUGCCGCCGGCUACCUGGCCCGCGCCGCGGCGGUGCCCGACGAGAUCCUGCACUGCGGGUUCGCGCGCGCCGUCGUGCCCACCGUCGAGACGCCCGACAGCCCCGCGGUCACGCUCGAGUCGGCGAGGGAGAGCCUGUGCAGCCUCUUCCUGCGCGAGUUCGACAAGGCCGCCUCCGAGGGCGAUGAGGCCAAGGUCACGCGCUUCUUCAAGCUCUUCCCACUCAUAGGCAGGGGAGACGUCGGCCUCGACAUCUACGGCCGGUUCGUGUGCCAGGGCGUGGCUGGCAUGGCCAGGCAGACUCUCCGCGACGGGCCGGGCGUCACAGCCGCCGGCGGGCAGCAGCAAAACACUUUUUUCUUCGCGGGUGCGCUCACCAAGCUCUUUGAGCACGUCGCGCGCAUCAUCGAGGGGCAUGGAGGCUUAGUAGAGAGGCACUAUGGCACCGGCAAGAUGGUCAGGGUCAUCGAGCGACUGCAGGUCGAGGUCGACGUUCAGGGAGGCAUUGUUCUCGACUCAUGGAGCGACGACCGGACGGUGGACAGGAGGCUCAAGGACGUCAAGAGCUAUCCGUUCUCAUUUCUGGUGCAGAGCUUCCUGCCCCAACAGAGGGGUGGCUUCGGGGGCACACCCCGUGUCAACUCGCCCGCCGGCGGUGUGGGGACCAAUGACCCUCGUCAGAGCGAGGAUGAGGGUGUCAACAUGAAGGAGGUGGAUGGGCUGCUUGCUGAGAUUGCCGUCAUGCUGGGCAAGUGGUCGUUUUAUAUGCGCUUCCUUGCCGUGAAGUGCAGAGACAAUUCGACACCUGAAGACACCCCUUUGGUCACUCCUCCUGUCAUCCGAAAUUCCAACCUCUACCGUAAGGUCAACGGUAAACUCAUCAUACCAUAUAACGUCAUGUCGACUUUUUACUUUAGGAGAUCUGUCGAGAAAGCAUUCCAGCUCGACGAGUCUCCAACUGGACUGUCCCUCACUAUGGGCAAGCCGAUGGACGGCAACCCUCCAUAUAUCAUCUCCGCCGUCGAUGAUGUCAUGUACAUCGUAAGCUCAGUCCUCCAGCGGACCUUGUCCACCUCCCAGAUCGAAGUCAUCACCUCUGUUGUCCCUACUAUCGGCAGGGUACUGGGCUCCGACUUUGUGGGCAUGAUCCAGCGCCGAAUGCGGGACGAGACCUAUCCCGUCCCAGCCGUCAAGGGCGGUUUCCCUCCCGAGGACAAGAUCAUCGCGUUUACGGUACUCUGCAACAGCCUUGACAUGGCCAAGGAGUACCUCUCUCGUAUUAUCAGCAGCCGCCUGGGACCCCCAGACAUGCCCGAGUCACUAAACGGUUCUGCCGCCGCGCCUCGGCCCCCAGCCGGCGGACUCAAGGACCUCUUCCCUCUCGAGCGCGACGCCUCGGUCGUCACGCGUGAAUUACAAUCCCUCGAGGCCGCCUUUUCCUCCAAGGCAGGCGACCUCCUCAAAGAAGGCAUCGAAGUACUCUUCGGACAAGUGGUCCGUCCCAGACUCCGGGCGGCGCUAUCCGAGACCUUCCGCGACGCCGACUACGGCCUUACAGAGGAGGACCUCGCCGAGGCGGCGGCGCGCAACGACGAGGACGAGGCAGACUUGGUGGAACGGCUCGAGGCCGUGGGGCGCGUGUUUGAGCAUCGCUGGGACGCGCUCAUGCAGCCGCUCGCUCGCCUGCAGACCCCGCGCACAUACGCCUCGCUGCUCGAGCUGGCCGCCCGCCACCUGUCAAAGGUCCUCGAGCGGCGCGCCUGGGCCGCCGCCGGCAAGGUCAGCGGCUACGGCAUCGUGCGCAUGGAGCGCGACUUCUCGGCCAUGAUCGGCGCCAUCGCUAGGGGCAACUACGCCCUGCGCGAGGAGUUUGCCCGCGUCUCCCAGAUCCUCAUGGUCGCCAACAUGGAGGACGACGAGUGGGACGAGCUGGUGGCCGAGGAAAGUGCCGGGGAAAGCGGUGGGAUGCAGUGGGUGUUAAGCGAGGAGGAGAGGCGCAAGGCGAGGACCAUCGUAGGCUCGCUGUGAUGGGCCGGGGUCACACCAACCAACCAAAAAAAGAGAUACAUACUACCAAAAAGAUCACUUUGUUUGGAGGUUAUCAAGAUAUAUGGCCAACAAGUUGACCUUGACAUGUUGCCGUUUAGCAUAUCGGAAUGAUAGUUACGAUCACCCAUUGGGAACAUAUUUUCAGUUUGUGCCGCAGUUCGUAAGUAGGUUUUUACUACGAAUCAACAUCCUCCAUGUACUCGUGCUUGUGAUGAUCCACAACUCUUGGUUACUGAGACUGUUAUGGCGUUAGGGUAGUGGCUGCGUCUGUAGCACAUGGACUCAAAGCACUCUGUACCCUACAGUCCGUUCUCGAAGCAGGCAUGCCGGCACGCUGCAGGCACCACUGGCUUGAAAUUCAACCCGAGAACAUUUUUUUUUUUUUUUUUUAAAAUGUUCGCUCGUGGCUCAUAAAUCA